UGUUAAAAGUGGAACAAAAAUCCACUAGUCGUCAUUCGAACAGGAAUCCUCUCAUCUUUCCUAGAAAUUUCAUUUAAUUUCCUUCUUAUCCAAGUAAAAUUUCUCACAAACCCUUACUACUAUAUAAAUCAAUCUAAGAUUUGAUUUUUCAAUCUACAUCCAGAUCAGGGAAAAACCUUCAAUUCUGCUAGUUAUAGGUCUUCUCAGAAUUAAAUACUUUCGAAACAAUGAAGAAAUCAAGCAAUUUUUUGAGAAGUUCAAAAGAUGCGUUCACAAAAAGCUUCAAUUCCGCUAAAUGCAAGACAUCGUUGAAGCUGGCGUCUUCACGAUUGAAGUUAUUGAGGAACAAGAAAGAAGUGCAACUCAAGCAGAUGAAGAGGGAGCUCGCGCAGCUGCUUGAAUCAGGGCAGAAUCAAACGGCUCGAAUUCGCGUUGAACAUGUGGUUAGGGAAGAGAAAAUGAUUGCAGCAUAUGAUCUUAUAGAGAUAUAUUGUGAGCUAAUUGUGGCACGCCUGCCAAUCAUUGAAUCACAAAAAAACUGCCCCAUCGAUUUGAAGGAAGCCAUUACAAGUGUAGUAUUUGCUUCACCAAGAUGUGGAGAUGUACCGGAACUUAUAGAUGUCCGGAAGCACUUAACAGCCAAAUAUGGGAAAGAAUUCAUCAAUGCUGCUGUUGAGCUGCGUCCGGAUUGUGGUGUCAGCCGCCUUUUAGUUGAGAAGCUGUCUGCAAAGUCACCUGACGGUCAAACCAAACUAAAAAUAUUGACUGCUAUUGCAGAGGAGCAAGGUGUCAAAUGGGAUCCUAAAUCAUUUGGAGAAUCAGGCUUACCUCCUAAUGACUUGCUUAAUGGAUCAAACACAUUUGAGAAGGCCAGUAAGAUAUAUGAAGACCCCCCUCAUUUUGGUACUGAUGCCAGAACUAUGCCUAACCAUAAUCAGGGGCCUUAUGCAUCUCCCAAUUUCUCAGAAAUGAAUUCAGGUUCUUCAAUGGGAAUGCACAAUUCAGCUUCUCUGCCAGAUGGCAUGAGUGGAAAGAUGCAGUCUUCCUCUUCUCAACUCAGACAGACACAUUCAGGGCUUAGGUCGGAGAGGACAGAAGUCAGGAAAUCAUUUGCUGAGGAUGGAAAUUUUCCUUUGGAUAGGAAGAAUUGGAACAUGGAAUUUAAGGAUGCAGCCUCUGCUGCACGGGCUGCUGCUGAAUCUGCAGAGCAUGCAAGUCUGGCUGCUAGAGCAGCUGCCGAACUUUCAAGGGUUUCGGGGCAGUAUCCAACUGAGUCACAGAGGGCACAUCCUGAUAUUACAAGAGAUAAAGAAAAGGGAAAUUAUAGUGCUUCAAAAACGAUGAGUGAACACGCUUCUAAAGAUUCUCCAAAUGUAUCAUUUCCUAAUAUAAAUUCUAUGUUGCAACAUAAUGAUGGUCGUACCAAACAAGAUGAAGAUAGUGAAAAGGUGCCAAUCUCAUUUGCUUCCUCAAGGUCAAGAGUUGCAAUUGAUAAAGACUCAGUAAUUAGUCUUCAAGAAGCAGAUUUAAGUCGAGAGAAAAGCUCCAAGGAAGAGGACAGUAAUGUUGAAGAUGUUAUGAACAGUCAAUCUAAUGAUUCGGAACAUGAACAUUUCAAUGGCUCUGCAAAGAAUAUGACAUCUGAGAACUUCAACUACUUUGGAGAAGAAACAACUAUAGAGGAUCCCCAAAAUGCUCAUUAUGCUUCUCAUCCAAGCACUUCAAAUUACAGUGACCACAUUCAAAGUUCAAAUGACCAAAAUUUUAGGUAUGAAGCUAGUGAUGAUCUUUUUCUCAAUGCGGAUGAAGGGCAUCCUCAGAAGGUAAAUGUGCAGAUCAGUUCUCAUUAUGAAGCCUCUGCAGUUUUUGAUGAACCUAAUUCAGACGACGGUGAUGAUACUAAGUUCGAUACAGGCCCUGUGUAUGAUGACCAGCAGUCCACGUUCUACUUUCCAUUACCUGAAACAAAAGUACUCACUUAUCCCUCUAUACUUGGUGAUUCUGGGAACCCUAGGUUGAACAUGAACAAGUUUCCAGAAAAUUAUACUUCAGCACCAGAAAGUUUUGAGGAAAAGCAUUCACCUCCUGAGUCCCCUCGAAGCUUUGCGACCUCAGACAACUCACAGGUGGAGAAUUUUGCCCCUGCAACUUUUGAUGAUUCAGAUGGUGGGAGCUCUCAUAGCGAGGAUAUAGAAAAGCCUGAGCUUAUCAGGACAGAGGCUAGUCUCUCUCAAAUGCAUCCCAACCCUAAUGGAGCAGUGAGAUCUUCUACAGAAGUUACUGGAACUAAUAAGAUACAAUUGUCACAUUCGUCAUCUAAUGAAUCAAUUGCCAGUGGUACCAAGGAUGAUUUCCCCUUGUCACAUUCACCUGGUGCAAAUAAGGAUGACGGAAACUUCACUCAAUCUAGUUCCGAUUAUGGUAAGGAAUUGAACUUUGGAAAGUUAACAGGCGGCCUUAGGCACAAGCAUUUUAUACCUCCGUUCAUGAGAUCUGGUCAAAAUGAUAUCUCUUCAAUCAAGAAACCCGAAGAGAUUCCUCCUAUGAUGCCACAAUCCAUUGCUUCCCAAACUGUUGAAAAUUCUAGUUUUGGGAUAAAUAUGAAGAAAGACAAUGAAUCCAGCUCAAGAACGCUUAACCCCCGCUGUGAUCAGGACCCUGACAGUUCUGAUGAAGACUUCUCUCAGCAGAUCUCAAGUAACAGACAUGAAUCAGAUAUUCAAAAGGAAAACAUGGAAGUUAAAACAAAGUCCAGCUUAAAAGGGUCAGGUACAUAUUUUGAUUCUGAUAGUAGUGAUUCUGAAGUGCAUUCUCCUAGACAACCCUUCAUGAGCAAAAAUCACUUGGGUAGUGCAUUUUCUCAAAGGACAAAGCUUUCGUCUUCCUCUUCAGAAACAACUUCUUUGUCCAGUGUUCGAAUUAAGCCUGAAACACCCAUUAAUUAUGGGUCAGGUGUAGAAAGAAAACCUGCUAUGACUUCUUUUGAUACCAAAACACAAGAAACCCAGAAGCCAAGUGGGAAAUUUUAUGCUUCUGAAAGACAAGAACCCCAAAAACAGACUGGGAAAUCUUAUGAUGUUGAAAGACUUGAAGUCCAUACAGAGUCAAGCAGCUUAGGCCGGGAGGCACACCGCGAGCAGCCCCACUCAGCGAAAUCAGUUUCUAAGACAUCAUUGGAUGAAAAUAGUAAGUCAUCUGCAGAACUGCCAUCCCGCUUGACUCAGGCUUCAGGUAUUAGUGAAACCUUCGAGGCAUCGAGGUCAAGUGAUAAUAUGUUAGCUAGAGAGGAGAAUACAAAGAAAGCCAGUCAUGUUCAUCCAAAGCUUCCCGACUAUGACUCUCUAGCUGCCCAGUUACAGUCUCUUCGGAUGAACCGUAAGUGAAGAGAAAUCCAUUUAAUAGUAUACAGGUAGUUUAUUUGGAUUGUGCAGAUUUAAGAUUUGUUGUUUGAGUUAUUAUGUGCCACUGAGGUGUACAGCCAUAGAUCGAAGUUGUUGUUUAAUAAACUAUAAUAAGCUUAUAGUAUGAAACACAGAUAUCUUGUAUUUUUUCCUAUUUUCAUUA